CACUACUCUCAUCAGCUGGAGAGAGAGCGUGAAGAAGAAGAAUGGGGAGGCAUACCACCCCAUCUUGAAGAGCUAAUCAAGCAUGUGGAGAGAAACCCUUUCUACAAUUCUACUUCAGAGUGUGCAAAGGAGCAUCUAUGCAACUUUGAGCAGCUUUGCUACGACUAUGGAGUUGGAGAUAACCCCAAGAAGAUACAACUUUUCCAACUAUCUUUAGCUGGACAAGCCAAAGAAUGGGCUAAGUUCAACGCCCAACAUGCUUUCAAGACUUGGAAUGGAUACAAAGGAGCUUUCCUCUACAGAUUUGCUAAAGGUCCCAUUUAUGUUCCACCACCACGCCCCAGUAAUUUUUCGAUGGAUUUCCGACGGUUUUCAACAGCACAAAAACGGUCGCCAAAAGAGCGAAGACUGUCCAAAGCCGAUCUAUCGAGAAUCGACGCCCAAACCGCGCAGAACGGCCGGCCGAGGAACGCAUGUUCCGCUCUCGGCCAAAAUUGCGUCCGUCCGUCUGAAGUCUCGGCCAAAGUUCAAAACCGUUCGGCCGAUCAUGCAUCACGACCCGGGAAACUAAGACCCGCAGUCGGCCACGCCACGACCGUCCACGCCUCGCCGCGCACGACCAUGCCGCGCGAGCCGGGAAACAAAGCCUCGCGGCCGCGUAACCUAUCUCGCGUACCACGGCCGAUGGUUCCGGCUCGUCCCAAGUCCGGCCGAGAAACCAUCGACCAUUCCAUCAACCGUCCGACCACACCGGCCGACCGUUAA